GUCAUGCAGUUGUGUUAGAAAUCCAGCGUAAGGAAACACUCAAUUUGUCACUUGUCUGUGGAUAUUCCAUACUGCUUUUCUCCAUUUCCACAUGCUGAAACUGUGUUUCUUCAUCUCUCUGAUAUAUUGGGUGAAAUCAGAUGAGGAGCAAAAAUGUCCUGAAUUUACAGAUCUUAAUAUAGGCAAUGCUUUGUCUGGAACAGAACUCCGAGUGCAGCUACUCCUAUACACCAAGGAAAAUCCAAAUUGUUCUGAGAGACUCAUUGAGCACAAUCUUACCUCAUCUGAGUACUUCAAUACAGCCAAGAGAAUUGUCUUCGUUAUUCAUGGCUUCAGACCAACGGGGUCUCCUCCAGCAUGGCUGGGUGACAUGAGGGAUCUUUUACUGUCUUCAGAGGAUAUUAAUCUCAUUAUAGUUGACUGGAAUCGUGGUGCUACAACUGUGAAUUACAUGGCUGCUGUUGAAAACUGCAGAAAAGUUGCAGAAAUACUGAAGAACUAUAUUGAUCAGAUGCUGGAGCAUGGAGCUUCUCUUGACUCUGUGUAUAUGAUUGGAGUUAGUCUUGGGGCUCAUGUAGCUGGUUUUGUUGGCCAGAGGUAUAAUGGCAAACUUGGAAGAAUUACAGGUCUUGAUCCAGCGGGCCCUUCAUUCACGCACGAGCCACCAGAUGGGAGACUGGAUCGUUCUGAUGCACAGUUUGUUGAUGUAAUUCAUUCAGAUACUGAUGCACUAGGUUUCAAGAAACCUUUAGGAACCAUUGACUUCUAUCCGAAUGGAGGAACAGAUCAGCCUGGUUGUCCAAACACAGUUUUCAGUGGAAUUCAGUUUUUUAAGUGUGACCAUCAAAGAGCUGUUUUCCUCUUCUUAUCAUCUUUGAAAAGAAAGUGUGACAUAAUAACAUAUCCUUGUGAGUCUUACUUGGAUUAUAAGAGAGGAAAAUGUGUUGAUUGUGAUGCUUUCCAGCCGAUGUCCUGUCCAGUACUGGGUUAUCAUGUUGAUAGAUGGAAAAAAUGGUUAAUGGCAAAAAAUUCACCAACGAGAGCUUAUUUUGAUACCUCGGACCAAGACCCAUUCUGCAUGUACAACUACUUACUGGACAUUACUACCUGGAAUAAAAGCAACAGGAGAGGUUUCAUUAAAGUUAAAAUAACAGACCAUGCUGGAAACACAGUAGAAUCAGAGAUGAAUAGUGAAGCUUCAACAUUUCAGCAAUACAAGAGAGUCAAAAUACUAACUGGAUUUUACCAAGACAUUGAAAAAAUAUCAAAAAUUUCCUUGACCUUUUCUACGAAGACUUUAAUAGGCCCAAAACACAAGCUUAGGAUUCUCCAGAUGACCCUGAAAUCUCUUAAUAAUCCAGAAAGGUUGCAGCUGUGCAGAUACGAUUUUGUACUGAUGGAGAACACUGAACUGACCUUCAAACCUAUCCCUUGCUCUGAGAAGGGUACAUGAAGAGAGAGCAACUACUAACCUAAUUUCUCUUACAACAGUGACAUUUUGAUGCUUCCUCAGGAUAACGACUGCAAUGAGAAAGGAAAUGAGAUAAGCUAGAUUUAUUUUCAAGUCUACCUGGUAACAUGCAUUACCUGCUUUGAGUGCCUUAGGCUGAAAUUAAUUGAAAAGUUCAGACAUGUAUAUGUGUGGGAAAUUAUUUGAAUAAAGUAAAUGCAUCAUG